AUGCCUAACAGUACCGAGACUAUCGGUACUGCGGCGCUGAUCUUCCACCGGCACCUGCGGAGGUUACUUGUUUUUUAUACCUUACUGGCGGUACUAUCGGCAGCUCUUCCCGAAACCUCAACGCCACCAGAGCCGAGACUGGAUGACGACUUGGAUUCUAAUUCCGAAGAGCCUCCUGAAGGAUACUACGCUUUUGUGGAAUCACCGAAUGCCACACCGCCCAGAGUGCGUCCCCCCCCGUACCGGCAAGUGUCGGACGAGUGCAAGGAGGGGGGGCGGGCGCACGUGUCGGCCGACAACCUGUGCGGCGACCUCAACCGCGGCCUCAUACCGCGCAACCCCAUGGGGCAGUACCAUCGCGGUGAACCUUACCCUUUCGAACUGAUUCGCAACCACACGCUGCGGUUCUUGUCGAGGACGCUGCCCGUGCUGCGCGCGGACGCCACGCUGCCCCGCGUCGCGCGCCUCACCCCCGCGCCCGCCGCACUGGAAGAAAGGUCGAAGCGUUCAGUGGAGGAGGAAGUUAGCAGCUCGUUGCCGCUCGAGCAUCGGUCCAGGGACAGCAAGAAGUUCUGCGACGGCGGCGGCAUCUUCUGUACGUUGUAUCGCGCCAUCAACGGCGAUAACGAAACUCCCACAGUGGAGAGACGUGAGGAUCCGGGAGUACCAGCACAGCAUCAUCGAUAUGAGGGUCCGCCCACGCCGUGCCCGGCGCGCGUGGAGUACGCCACUCCAGUGUUCGCGCGGAACUACCAGGGCGUCUGGCGCUACGUCGUGCAGAUACCCUACGAGGGGUACUUCACGCAGACCGUCGAGCUCACCAGGUGCAUGCAGUCCCGUUGUCAUUAUUUAGAAGGUGGAUGUCUGAGCUCCCCUCGCUGGGUCUCCCUGCUCGUCGCUGAGUUACACUAUCCCACAGAGCUUCAGACUCCUCAGCCGGAGUACUCGCAGUACGCGGCCGAGCCCAGCACCGAGAAGCCACCGCACUGCGACGGACACGACGACAUGGGCUGCUUCCAGGUGAGGCUCUACUACGACUGGUUCCUGGUUCCCGGCUCCUGCAAGUGUUGGAGGCCCGACUAUUUCGCGAGGUAUGUCCGGCGCCGUCAGAACAACGAGUUGUAAUUCAGGUCAAUUUGAUUCCCUAGAUGAACU